GAAAGGAGCUACGCUUCGGGUCCGCAUACUCGACCAAUUUAAGUUCGGGCGGUCCAUCUCAUGUGAGAGAGAAGGAAAAAAAAAAUUGAUGGCGACUGCGAGUCUACUACAUGUCUGGUUACGAGUGUCGACAGGAAGCACAUGAGUGCUUGCACGCCUACUGAAACUGCUCAGCACAAUGACGGGUCAGGACUCAAUCACUAGCAGAAAGGGCUCCAACAAUCGACCUAGUAGUGCCACUGCUUCGACUUCCAGUGCCCGACCUGCGCUUCAAGAGAUUCCAAAGAACCCUGCCAAGUCGAAUGCGAAAAAGAGGAGGAUGCAAAGUUCCUGUAGAAUACCGACUGCACCACGCGCGCUCAUGCAGCCGGCAUCCCACCCUUUGCCUGUAUCUCUUCCUGCUUUGGAUGCGAGCGACAGCGAGGAAGCACGAACGGGCAAAAAACGGAAGUGGGAAGAUGAGGGCUCGGAACAAUAUGAUUUUGGCCGGUCAAUCAACGAAGUGCUGCGCGGCAUGCAAGCAGCCGACAGAAUGGCCAAAAUGGAGCGAAGACGCGACCAACAGAUUCGUGACUUCCAGUAUGCCGUGGAAGAGCUGAGGCAGAGAAAUGAAGAAUUGCAGGCGAAGAUGAGAGAAUCGGAAGCGGAGAUGGAUGCCUACCGUGUCGAUCUGCUCAAGGAAAGAGAGGAGACGACAGCCCUCGUACAAACAAGAAAGAAGACUCAUAUACGUCUGCUGAAUGAAUGGAGAGCUUACAUGAUUCGUUACAACAAGCUACUCGCGGAAAAUGCGGAAAAUGAAGUCACAGAAUCGAGACAGCUCGAAACUCAGCGAGCUCUGGAAGCGAAGCUGCAGAAAAGCCAGGAUCAGCUCAAGCAGCUGGAGUCGACGUCGCGAGCGGCAGAGACGAACUUGACGCUCCAAAACGAAAAACUCCAGACGCUCGUAUCCGAGCUGGAACUCAAGAAUGCCACGGCGCAGGCUAGGAUAGAUGAACAGGCUCAAGCCCGAGCUGCUAUAGAUGUUGAGCGGGAAACCGAGCGACAAGCCUCUUCGACGCGUGAAACGAUGUUGAUGAGACGAAUCGAUGAACUCAUUAGGACCACCAAGAGCAUGAGGGCCAAUAUCGCCAAAGAAUGCAAUACAGAGGAUAGAGAAGCGGCACAAAUGUCUCUCAAGGAAGAUUACGAGCUACGCUUGCGGAAAGUAAAGGAGAGCGCGGAUGAGCGCGUCAAGAAACUCCAAGAAGAGUUUCGAGAGAUUUUGUCGUGCAGGACAGAUCACACGCGAACCAAUGCCGAGCCUGCUGGAAAGGGGUCAGAUAUACAGGUGGAAGCAUCCCAACAGGAGCAGGAUCCUCAGCUGAGCGCGGCACCUCGAGGCCCAGCCAAGUGGAAGCAUAAACAACACACGACGAGCGACAAGAACGCCGAUCGACUGCAGCUGCUGCACACCAAAGAGACGGAAAUCACAUCGCUGCAACGCGUAAACAAAAAUCUCACGCUGCAAGUAUCUGCAGCCUCGAAGCAAAUUGCCGCCUAUAGUGAUCUCGCCCUCCGCAAAGACUUGCACAUUGAGCAACAAAUCCAUACCUUGGCCGACCGCGACCUCGCGAUACGGCAUCUCCGAUCCAGAAAUAUUGCCAUGAAAUGGCACAUAUCCGCCAUCAAAUCCCAACGAGCUGCAGCCCUCACCUCCCAGUCUACGACUCAAUCCGAGUGCGAGACGCAAUUUCGGGAAAUAGAACGUUUACGAACGCUUCUGGAGACGAGUGAACUUGCUCAAAUUCAAGCCGAGACUGCACAAGCUGCUCAAGAUGUAGCGAUGCGACAGCUCCGGUCUAUAAAUAUUGCGAUGAAAUGGUAUUUGGCAGCGAUUAAAUUCCAACGAGUUGCUGCUGCGGAGGCGGAGCGAGAAUUACCUUUGGCUGUAGAGGAUGAGAUGCAUACCCUACGUUCGACGAGUACGACUAGUACUACUCCUCCCCCUCCUUCAGCACCACUACUACUAUCAUCAUCAUCAACAACACAAACCGCCCCUCCAAAAUCUCCUCCUCCAACAACCCCCAACGAACUCGCUGCGCAGAAAAAUUCUUCUACGUGUCAAGACCAUGAAAAGUGCGCUGUGGAGAAGAAAUGGUUGGAUGAGAGAUAUCAUGAAACGUGGAUUUCGAAUCGGGGGUUGGUGGAGAUGGUGGAGAAAUUGCGGGCUGAGAUGGCGGGGAUGAGGACGACUUGUGGUUGUUGGAAGUAGUAGGACGAGGAAGAGGAGGGAGGGGAG